AUGGAAUCUGUUUCACAGUCUAUAUCAAAGUUAUUGAGGAGACCAAAACAAUCUUCAGCUCUACAUGAGGAAUUAUGCCGUCGAUUUUCACUGGCUGAGAUCAAGAUAGCUACCAAUAACUUCGAUAAUGAUUUAGUCAUUCACCAGUGGGGGUUUUGCAGAGCAUAUAAGGGAUUUAUUGAUGACUGUACCAGAAACAUUACAAUAAAGCAGUUGAUUACCAAGUCAGGACAGGGCUUUGAGUACUUAUUAAGGACUGAGGUGUUAUUGCCUUGUCAGCUUCGCCACCCUAACCUUGUCCCUCUCAUUGGAUAUUGCAUUGAUGAAGACGAGAAUAUCCUAUUCUGCGAGUUCAUGCUAGACAACAUUCUGUUGGACGAGAAAUGGGAGGCCAAGUUGUCAGAUUUCAUGUCCUCAAAAAUGUCUCCCCCGAAUUUGUCAACAGUUCGUUUUGUAUACACGGGGGAAGAUACAACUUCUUUGAUUCACGGUACUAUGGUACAACACUUGGAUGCUGAGUUCCUUGUGAGUGGGGUGCUGACUGAUAAAUCUGACGUCUACUCUUUUGGUGUGGUACUUCUGCAACUACUCUGUUGCAGAAAAGCAUCCUAUGUGGUUGAUUGGGCCAGAAAGCGCAUACAAGAAGGAAACAUUAAUGAGAUGAUUGAUCCGUAUCUGAUAGGGAAGAUAGCUCCAGAGUGUUUGAAGAUAUACUUGGACAUUGCCACUUCUUGUAGUUGA